AUGACACAGCGUAAGUAUACACGUCUUGAAGAAUCUAUGGAUGCCAGGCCUGGAAUGAUGCAAAAGCCACUUAUUCCAGAACCUAAUCCAACUUUUGAAUUAAUCAAAAGAAUUUUAACCACAGUUAUAACAGUAGUUCUCUUUCUUGUCGUAUGCAAAGCAACACAUUUCCGUCAAAAAAUGUUAUAUGAUGCUAGAAUUAAUAGAAGCUUCUUGGCUACAUUUUACAUUCUAAUCGGAAUAUUCUUAUCACUUUAUUUAUACUUAAGUAUUACAUUACGUUGGCUGAGACCAAAGAAUCAGCGUGUUAACGUUGACAAUUGGGAGAAAGUUCAGCCAAUUCCAUUUUAUAUUUCCGUUGGCUGCUUAGUAUUAUCAGUAAUUAGCUUUAUUCUUGCUUUAUGGCCUGCAUUCCAGCUUGCUACAUUUGUAAUUGGCUUCUUAGGCUUCACAUCUGUUAUUUUUGUUAUGCAGUGGUUGCCAGUCAAUAUAUAA